UGCUUGCCUGCCCUCUGUGCAGGCUGCAGAGCUGUCGGCCACUGGUGCCCAUAUGGCCAGGAGCAAGGGCACCCUCUGCACAUGGCUGGGCUGCCCCGGGCUGCUGGGCUGUUUCUUGCUGGGCUUUCUCGCAGGAUGGUUCACGAAACCGACCGAGAAGACGCCCAACUCUUCAGAUGUCUAUCAAAACGUGAGACAGAAACUUGUGGCUGAAAUGAAAGCAGAAAACAUCAAGCAAUUCCUUCGCUCGUUUACCAAGCUGCCUCACCUCGCAGGAACUGAACAGAAUCUUCUUCUUGCCAAACAAAUUCAAGGCCAGUGGAAGGAUUUUGGACUGGAUUCCGCAGAGCUCGUUCAUUAUGAUGUGCUGCUUUCAUACCCAAAUGAAAAGCAGCCAAACUACAUCUCAGUAAUUGACGAUCAAGGGAACGAGAUUUUCAAUACGUCGUUGUUUGAACCACCUCCCCGGGGGUAUGAAAACGUUACUGAUAUACUGCCACCUUAUAAUGCUUUUUCGGCACAAGGGGAGCCAGAGGCAGAUCUGGUAUACGUGAAUUAUGGCCGCACUGAAGAUUUUUUUAAGCUGGAGCGUGAAAUGGGAAUUAACUGUACAGGAAAGAUUGUCAUUGCCAGAUAUGGGAAGAUUUUCAGAGGAAACAAAGUUAAAAAUGCCAUAUUAGCAGGAGCCCAAGGGAUCAUACUUUAUUCAGAUCCUGCUGACUACUGCGCCCCAGGAGUAGAUGCUUAUCCAGAUGGCUGGAACCUUCCGGGCGGAGGAGCCCAGCGUGGGAAUGUGUUAAACCUGAAUGGAGCUGGGGACCCUCUAACACCAGGUUAUCCUGCGAAAGAGUACACUUUCAGGUAUAAAGUUAAUGAAGGUGUAGGGAUUCCCAAAAUCCCAGUUCAUCCCAUUGGAUAUCACGAUGCAGAAGUAUUAUUACGUGCAAUGGGAGGACGUGCAGCUCCAGACAGCAGCUGGAAGGGAAGUCUCAAUGUGCCGUAUAACAUAGGACCAGGAUUUGCAGACAACUCUUCUACAAGAAAAGUCAGAAUGCAUGUUCAUACAAGCAAUAAAAUAACACGAAUUUACAACAUCAUUGGCAUCCUCAGAGGAGCUGUGGAACCGGACAGAUACAUUAUUUUAGGGGGCCAUAGAGACUCCUGGGUAUUUGGCGGUAUCGAUCCAACUACGGGUGCAGCUGUUCUGCAGGAGGUUGUACGGAGUUUUGGUAAAAUGAAGAUGGAAGGUUGGAGGCCGAAGCGAACUAUUAUUUUUGCUAGCUGGGACGCAGAAGAAUUUGGAUUGUUGGGUUCCACAGAAUGGGCUGAGGAAAACGCCAGAGUCCUCCAGGAGCGGGCGGUUGCUUACAUCAACACAGAUUCUUCUAUAGAAGGUAACUACACAUUAAGAGUUGACUGCACCCCGCUUCUCUACAAACUGGUGUAUAAUCUGACAAAAGAGAUUUUAAGCCCUGAUGAGGGUUAUGAAAAUAAGUCUCUUUAUGACAGUUGGCUUGAGAAAGAUCCUUCAACCGACAAUGAUAGCUAUCCCAGAAUAAACAAACUGGGAUCAGGCAGUGAUUUUGAAGCUUACUUUCAGCGACUGGGAAUUGCGUCGGGCAGAGUCCGUUACACUAAGAACAGGAAAGCAGACAAAUUCAGCAAUUAUCCUGUUUAUCACACCGUGUAUGAGACCUUUGAGUUAGUGGAAAAGUUUUAUGACCCCACCUUCAAGAAACAGCUUACAAUUGCCCAGUUACGGGCCAAACUGGUUUAUGAACUGGCAGAUUCCCAGGUCAUUCCGUUUGACUGUAGAGAUUAUGGAGAAGCCUUAAAAGGAUAUAGCAAUAGAAUUUAUAAAUUGGCCAAGAAACAUGAAGAACAGCUGAAAACCUACAAAGUAUCAUUUGGGCAUAAUGUUCCAAGAGGGAAAUCCCGCUGUCCUUCCACGGCCUGCUGGAAGAACUGGUAUUUUUUACAUCCUCUUUUUUCUGCUGUGGUGAACUUCUCAAAGGCUGCUGCUGAAUUUCAUAGGAGACUUGAACAAGUUGACAAGAAAGAUCCAGUCGCAGUGCGAAUCAUGAACGAUCAGCUGAUGUUUAUAGAAAGAGCUUUCAUUGAUCCUCUUGGCUUACCAGGAAGGAAGUUUUACAGACAUGUCAUCUUUGCUCCAAGCAGUCACAACAAGUACGCUGGAGAGUCCUUCCCGGGGAUCUAUGAUGCCAUGUUUGACAUUGAAAGCCAAGCAGAUCAGCGUGGAGCCUGGGAAGAAGUCAAGAGGCAGAUUUCCGUUGCAGCCUUCACCGUGCAGGCAGCAGCAGAGACGCUGGAAGAAGUAGCGUAGGAUGAGGGCUUGGAAAAGCCCAGCCGAAUAGCAAAGUCUGAAAGGCGCUGUAGUCGGGCUAUGACAGCGUCCCCGUCUCUCCUGAGUGCCCGCCUGGCGGAGUUUCCAACCUUCUGCCUGCGUGCAAGCGUACAGGUGGGGUGAGAAGGAGCUCUGUGUAUCAAAGAGCUCCUGAGCUAGAAAUUACUGCUUUUCUGAUACUGACAAAACUGUAGCUUUAGGAACAACCCUAGGUGGAAGCAAAUGUGGAGGUGGGGAGAAAGAAGAAUCAGUCCCCAGUUAGAGUUUUCUGAAAGAUCUGCCGAUUUUGAGGACCCAUUAUUUUGGAGGUAGAAUUACAAACCCAGUUGUUGGCCAAGCUACCUGUGAAUCUCCCCUGUAGCAGUGAUCCACAGCACACGUUUCAAGAGAAAAAUUAAAGCACUGCUCAGCACGUGCA